AUGCUUCCUCAUCAAUUCCCUGAUGUAUUGAUUUCGUUUCUUAAGGUAAAGAGAAAGUGCAACGAACUAACAUCCACUAUUGAUGGAGAGGAAAAAGCUGAUAUCCCCUUCUCAUCACCAAUGGUUACAAACAUUGGAAUAUUUUAUUUGCAUCAUUCAUUUAGGUUAAAAAAUGUUUACGACGGAAUUAUAUGUAUAUCCAAUGAGAUGGACAUACUUUUGGUUAACCCCUCCACUAGAGAAUCUCAAAGGUUACCUUUUUCAACCUUUUCAUACCCAUGUGCUGACUCUACCGAUUCUUAUGUUUUGGGUGUUUGGUUUGAUGGUCAUCAGUCCAAUUCAAAUCAGCCUCCCCCAGGAGUCCUACAACAUUACAAAGUCUUUAGGGCGGUUAAUCUCUAUAUCAGAUACAAUUAUCGUGAUCGAGGUUUUGAAGACGUUAAACAUGUGUUUGAAAUAUAUGAUUCAAGGGAGAAUUGUUGGAGGAAAAGCAAGGAAAUGUAUAAAGACCUUAGUAGGUGGUACAACUUGCUAUUAAAUGGAGUUUUUCACUUAUCUAUUGACGGAGAUUCUUUGAUUACAUUGGAUGCAAAAUCAGAAAUAUUGGGACACCUUCCAUUGCCAUCAGAAAUUAUUGGUUUGUAUAUGGCACACUUUUAA